CACCGCCUGAGCGCGCCCGGCACCGGCCCGCGGUCCCGCCGACAUGAAGGUCCCCGGCGAGGUGCUGCGCGAGGGCGAGCUGGAGAAGCGCAGCGACAGCCUGUUCCAGCUGUGGAAGAAGAAGCGCGGCGUGCUCACCCCCGACCGCCUGAGCCUGUUCCCCGCCGGCCCGGGCGCGCGGCCCAAGGAGCUGCGCUUCCACUCGAUCCUCAAGGUGGACUGCGUGGAGCGCACGGGCAAGUACAUCUACUUCACCAUCGUCACCACCGACCACAAGGAGAUCGACUUCCGCUGCGCGGGCGAGAGCUGCUGGAACGCGGCCAUCACGCUGGCGCUCAUCGACUUCCAGAACCGCCGCGCCCUGCAGGAGGUCCGCAGCCGCCAGGAGCGCGUCGCGGCCGCCGCGGCCCCCGAGCCCCGCGCGCCCUGA